AUGCCUUCCAAUCCUCGUCCUCAGAUCACGAAGCAAGCAACGCUGGAAAUCACGCUGGGAAAAGAAGAGACCCCACCAAGAGAGAUCCCACCAAGAGAGACCCCACCAAGAGAGAUCGUGCCACAAGAGAUCCCACCAAUCGAGAUCCCACCAAAAGAGAUCCCACCAAAAGAGAUCCCACCAAAAGUAAUCAUACCAAAAGAGAUCCCACCAAAAGAGAUCCCACCAAAAGAGAUCCCACCAAAAGUAAUCGUACCAAAAGAGAUCGUACCAGAAGUGAAAAUCCCGCCAAAGAAGGAAGAAAUCUUACCCGAAAAAAAAUGCGUGAAGGAAAUCGAUGUUUGUAGAAGAAAGCCGAAAGUUCUCCGCGGUUGCUCGAGACAUUGCUUAGGUAACAAAAGGGACAUAGCCUGUCCAAGUUUCACAUUAACUGUGUGCGCGCCGAAGAAAGAAAAACGAGCGAUCACGUAUAGGACGAAGAGGAGUAAAAAGAAGAUUCAACAUAUUUCGGAGCAAGUCAAGGAGAAAAAAAAAAAAUCUUUCAUGAAAAAAGUAACAGAGAUGUGCAGGAAGAUAACGGUGAAGAAAGCUAUAGGAUUCAAAUGCGACCUGAGAGAAUGCCCGAGCACUCUGAUGGAAUGCAGUGUAACUUCGUGCACAAAACCUGAGAUGCUGUUCACCGAGUGUCAAAAAGCACCAAAGCCAGUAAAGAGAACGAAAAAGAAGAAGGAAGAUGUCAAGGUGAUUUGUGUGCAAACCUGUGACAGAGGGACGGACAACGACUUAUUGAUAUUGGUGAAAGAUCAAGCUGUUGGAAUGACCUGUAUGGACAAACAAACGAGUACUUGUUCGAGUAGUCGUUCAAUGAGUAUGGUGAAUAAACAAAUAGAAAAGAAAACGGAAAAAGAUAAUAAAAUAAAAGAAAGUAGCAGCUUGUACUUAUCGUAUAAAGCUGAGGACAAGUUUAAGAUGAAAUAAGCGUGCAAAUUAGUGAAUCAAAUUGUCUAGACAGAAAUAAAAUCUUCUAUAGCUAAUUUGCCACAACCAAGACACACCGCAAAAUUCACUUUAUUUAUAGAACUUUAUCGAUAAAGAAAAAAAAGACUAGUCUUUGAUAUCUAUCUCUAU